AUGGAUGAUUCAGAACCGAACUCCACUCCUUUUGAUGUUGGAACCAUGUUGCACACUGGGCAGUCUCCUGCAAACCAGCAUGAGGUAAAGGAGAUGGAAAGCAAACCUAAUUGGCAAACAGUCAGCAGCUUAAUGUUUGCAGCAACUGUCUCACAGCCAGACAUCAUGUUCGCUGUGAGCAUGGUGAGUAGGUUUGUACAUAAUCUGGAUCUCGAUCAUUGGCAUGCUGUUAUCAAGAUUAUGAAGUAUGUACAGGGAACCAGGGACCUGACCAUAAGGUACAAAGCUGACUCGAAUGGACAGGUGGCCUACUCAGAUACCGGCUAUGCUGGUGACUGUAACUCUCGCCAGUCAACAAAAGGGUAUAUGAGCUGUGGGCCUGUGACAUGGUGUUCACAUUGGCAGAAAUGUGUAAGCAAUUCAACAAUGGAUGCUGCUACUAAAAUUGUUUGA